AUGUGCAUCGUCGCGAACGCAUCCAUGUAUAAGAGGCACGUACGCGCGUCGCCGCGAAGUCCAGCCUCGCCAAACUUGGCCACCACCGCUGGUGGCAUGUCGAGUUUUUCAGGGAAGGAGAAUAAGCCAUCGGCGAAUUCUGAAGCCGAGUCUGGAGAGGCAUCAGCUCUGCUGGACAAGAAGGCCUCCAAGAAGGUUGAAUCCAAGAAGUCCGAGUCCUCUUCUGAGUCCUCUGCCUCCGAAUCUGGCUCCGACUCCGAAUCCUCUUCUGACGAAGAAGAAGCGGAAGAAAAGAAGAACACUUCCGACGAAGAAUCUUCCGAUGAGGAAGAGAAGUCUGGAUCCGAAGACACCAAGCGUGCUGCCGAAGAAGAUGAAGAAGAAGAAGGUCCAGCCAAGAAGCAAAAGAUCGAAGAACCAGCCACCUUGUUCGUCGGUAGAUUGUCCUGGAACAUUGAUGACGAUUGGUUGAUGAGAGAAUUUGAGCCAGUUGGUGGUGUCACUUCUGCUAGAGUGAUCAUGGAAAGAGCCACUGGCAGAUCCAAGGGUUACGGUUACGUCGACUUCGAGAGCAUGGCUGCUGCCGAAAAGGCCUUGGCUGAGUACCAGGGUAAGGAAAUCGACGGUAGACCAAUUAACUUGGACUUGUCUAACGCCAAGCCAACUGCUAAUGCUGGUACCAAUGACAGAGCCGCUAGGUACGGUGACGCCCCAGGUGCCCCAUCCUCCACCUUGUUCUUGGGUAACUUGUCCUUCGAAGCCGACAGGGACACCUUGUUCGAGGCCUUCUCUGCCUACGGUGCCGUCCAGUCCGUCAGAAUCCCAACCAACCCAGAAACUGAACAGCCAAAGGGUUUCGGUUACGUCGAGUACGGUACCAUUGAGGAAGCCAAGGCUGCCCUCGAAGCCUUGAACGGUGCUGACUUGUGUGGCAGAAACGUCAGAUUGGACUACUCCACCCCAAGAGACAACUCCGCCCCAAGAGGUGGCCGUGGUGGUUUCGGUGGUCGCGGUGGCCGUGGUGGUUUCGGUGGCCGUGGUGGCCGUGGCUCUUUCGGUGGUGACCGUGGUGGUUUCCGUGGUGGCCGUGGCUCCUUCGGUGGUGAUCGUGGCCGUGGUGGCUUCGGUGGCCGUGGUGGUUUCAACAGAGACAGAGACUCUGCUCCAUCCCGUGCUCCAAACACCGCUGAAUUCAGAGGUAACAAGAGAACCUUCGAUUAA